AUGGCAUCUAAAGUUGAAGGAGCAGUGACGGCGGGGGUGGUGGCGACAGGGUUCACCUUGGGCGACGCAGUAGCAACAGCCGAUAUCCUAUCCGUCACAUCUACCCCGGAGAAGCCAAUUGCUACCUUCACCAGAACUCAGGGCACGACGGUGGUCGUGAUCAGUAGUACCACAUCCGAAACUCCGAGCUCCUCCAAUCCUAGCGCUACUGCUUCUUCCACCGCAACAGACUCUCCUACCUCGGCUACCCCAAGCAGUGGAUUCAAUGAAUCGACCACAUCAUCCGAGAGGUCAGAGUCAACAAGUUCAGGACUUUCCGCGGGCGCUUCGGCCGGCAUUGGGGUCGGGGUCGCAUUGGGCGUGCUUGUGCUUGUGUUUGUACUUUUCUUCCUCUAUCGGCGCAGGCAGAAGCACCGAGGGCUUGCACGAGGAGAUAAUAUUGAUCAGCCAGUGUUGUCGGAGCUUGGAACUGAUGGUCAGAAACAUGAAUUGCCGGCUGAAGAGUCUAGGCGGGCAGAACUUGAUGCCAAUGAAACAAAGCCCAACAACACCCAUGCGCAUGAGUUAGAGUGA